AUGAUAUAUGGGGACAUUCUUAAAUAUGGACAGGCUGUAGUAGAGAAGUGUACAAAGUCAAGGAGAUGCCUGUUAUACUUAAUCCUUUUUAGACUGCUUAACUGUUUAUUCGUUCAGACGUCUUUCUUUCCAGAUGAGUAUGCUCAGUCUAUCGAAAUUUCGCAUUAUUGGGUUUUCGGUUAUGGGCACAAACCCUGGGAAUGGGAAUCCUGUAUAUCUCUUCGAUCUGUUGUGCAUCCCUUCACGUAUGCCAUUUUAUUCUAUAUUUUGAGAAUCACCAAAUUGGAUACCCCCCUUGCGGUUUUGUAUGUACCUAGGAUUUUUCAGGGGCUGUGUGCGGCGCUGGGCGAUUACGGGAUGAUCAAGUUGGUUACCCUUUGGUAUGGGCAGCUGUAUAGGGGGGUAGAGGACAGCGGUGUGGCAAGCGGUUGGAGUGGCGGUGCUAACGGUAGAAGACAUGUCCCCCCCGUGUAUGCAAUCCUAACCUGCCACUUCCUCUGCUGGUUUCACUUCUACACGAUUUGCAGAACGUCCUCUCAGUCAUUCGAGUGCAUAUUGAACAUUUGGGGUGUAUACUUCAUCUCGAAGAACUACCUCCCCGCAGUCACGGUCAAGGGGGGAAUGACCCUUCCCUGUUCGAAUGAAAGUGCCAUGGAUAAACAGAACGACCAAUCGAAAGGAGGAACAACUGUUGUACGUAGGGGCGUCCUCCACAGUGAUCAAAGAUUAGUUCAAGCGUGCAACCCCCCCAGCAGCAUCACUCGUAGUGAUGAUGCAGGGACGUUUUUCCCAGCAGGGGUAGAAGAAAGUGGAGGGACUGCACACCAUGCAGGAGGGGAAGAGGCAGAUAAUCAGGGUGAUACCUUCACAAGUGGGUAUUACUGCGCCACAACAGUGGAUAAAUUCAAAACAGCGCAGAUACGAAAUCUUUUGCUGAGUCUGUUGUGCAGCUCCUUCUGUGUGCUAAUCAGACCAAACGCCGCCCCAUUUUGGCUAUGUGUGUAUUUCCUCUACUUGGUGAAAAGCGCAAAGGGGAAAAAGGCAGCGCUACAAAUGGAGGAAGUGCUAAAAAUUGGAAUAUUGUACACACUGAUUUUUUUUAUCCUGGGAAUGGUAGCAGAUUCGUACUACUACAAAAAAAUAACGAUCACCGUUUUGAAUUUUUUUCUAUAUAAUUUUGUAAGUGGACAGAACAGUUACUUUGGAGAGCACCCGAUCCACUUUUACCUUUCCUGUGUCAUUCCAUCUAUAUAUCUUCUUUUUACCCCUUUUACAUAUUACACCUUUUUCUGCCUGAUGAGAAAUGUAACAACGGAAAGAAGAAGAAGCCCCCUUGGUGCAGUUACCAACAGAAUAGAUUACAGUGUCUACGUGGCUACUCUGCUGGAAGUCCUAUCCUUAUCACUUAGUGUUCAUAAGGAGCACAAACUUCUCAUCGGGUAUAUGCCCUUCAUCACAAUAUGUACUGGUUUUCUUCUUCACAUAGUGUGUACCUUCUUCUUCAGUAGAGUACAUAACAGUUCUGGAGAAAAAGUUGCCACCUAUUUUAGAAACCUUAAAACAGAUAGCGAUAACGAGGUGACCAUUUUGAUGACGGACUGCUAUGACACGCCAUUGUAUUCUCACAUUCACAGACCAUUUAAAAUAGGCUUCCUAGAUUGUUCACCACAUGUUAAGGAACAAAAUGGACAUUUAUUACACAACUGGAGGAAGAAAAUAUAUGACGAUAAAUUUGGAAAGAUUUUUUAUGACCUAUUUGAUGAGACAAAACGGACGCCAGAAUCGGUCGAACCGUAUAUAAUCCCAGACAAGAACUUCCACUGGUUUGGCCAGAAAAAAUUUAACACAAGAAAGCACUUCGAAUGGGUUUACGAGAAAAUUAACUUUUCCUGUUUGCAUUACCGUUUUUCGGUACCCCUUAAUGGGGAACUCCCCCUUUACUUGGUCACCACUUCGGAGCACCUACCCCAUUUGGCACCAUUUCUCUCAAAGUUUAAUUAUCACCUUGACGUGGAUCCCAGUUUUUCCCACUAUGCGGUGGUAGAGGGAGGCCGGAAAUUGGGCAUCGUCAGCCAUUUGAUUUUUAAGCGGGGUUUUUCAUAG